GGUUAUCACUUAUUAUCAUUCUUCAUACAUAACUCAUAGCCUCAUAGCUGUAAACAUCCGUCGAAAACCAACAAUAUUAUUUAUAAUUCACAAUCGUCACCACUUGUUUAAAUUCAUUGCUAGUUACUACAUGUUAAGUCAUUUUAUAUGCAUCAACGAUGAAGCAGAAUUUUGUGAACGUACUUUGUUAUCUCGACGAGUCUCUCAAAUACUACUUGGUACCAUCGUAAUUGUCUCCCAAUAUUUAUGAAAGAUUACAUUCAAAAUCAGUCAGCAAAAUAUCGGUAAAAAAAAAAUUAUAAACAAAAAGAUUAUACAUCUAUUGCUGUGGUACUUAAUAUAUCAGACAACAUGGUAAAAUGUGCAGUUCUUAGGGAUUGACAAUUGUGAAGUAAAUCUUUGUGAUUAAUAAUUCGGUUUAAUGGUUUAAUUUGUUAAUAACUUACACCAAGAUCUAUUUACAAUCAGAAUUCUGUAAUGAUUAAAAGAUGUUUAAACCUAACAAUUAUAAAUAAAACUGUUAUACAAAACAUAUCAUGUACACACUAGUUAAAUUAGCAUAUCUUUCAUGUGAUGAAAGUGAAAGACACUGGUAUAAUACUGUCCCUAAGAAUGUUAUCAAAAUCAAUAUUAAAAGUUGUUGUGAUGAACUUAUUCAAUAUACCAAGGGGAUUAGAAUAAAAAACAAAUCGAAUACUGUAUUAUGUGCCACUGCCUCGAAAUAUGGACAUUUGGACUGUUUGAAAUUUGCUCGGCUAAUGCAAUUUUCUUGGGACAGUAGGACAUGUUCUGCAGCGGCCAGAAAUGGAGAACUAGAUUGUUUAAUAUAUUCACAUGAAAGUGGCUGCCCUUGGAACAAACACACAUGUUCUAAUGCUGCUAAUAAUGGACAUUUAAAUUGUUUAAGAUACGCACACGAAAACAAUUGUCCGUGGAGCUUGAGUACAACAGACUGUGCUGCAAAAGGUGGACAUUUAGAAUGUUUAAAAUAUGCUCACAUUCAUGGAUGUCCAUGGGAUGAAAGAGCAUGUAUGCUGUCAGCGUCUAAUGGAAAUUUUGAAUGUUUAAAAUAUUGUUUCGAAAAUGGAUGUUUGUGGGACGAAGACACGUGUACAUGGUCAGCGUAUAACGGACAUUUAAACUGUUUGCAAUAUGCACACAAAAAUGGUUGCAUAUGGAACAGUAAUACCUGUGCUAAAGCUGCAGCAGGUGGACAACUUAAGUGUUUAAAAUAUGCUCAUGAAAAUGGUUGUUUAUGGGAUAUAAGUACAAGUUACAAAGCUGCAGAGAGAGGACAUUUGGGUUGUUUGAAGUAUGCUCAUAGUAAUGGAUGUCCGUGGAAUGAGCACAUAACAUAUAUUGCUGCGGCCAAAGGAAACCUAAGCUGCUUAAAAUAUGCACAUGAAAAAGGAUGCCCAUGGAAUGAAUCAACAUGUGCAGCAUCUGUCAAAAAUAAAAAUUUGGACUGUUUAAAAUACGCUCGUCAACACGGCUGUCCGUGGGAUAAAAAGACACGCACACUUGUUCUUAGUGAUAAACUCUUAAAAAAAAAAACAAAAAAAUUGCUAAUAGAUCUAGAAUUUGAGAUGUAUUUUAGACAUUAAGUAACUAGUUUUCCUGUUAUUGUACACUGUGGUUAAUACAAUUAUGGGUAUAAUUCUACAUUACACCUGUUUUUAUAAUUACUUUAAAGCCAUAGGG